CACAAGGACACAUUUGAACGUGCGAAGGUGUUACAUCGCGACCUUAGUGUUGGAAAUGUCGUCAUUUACAAAGGGAAGGGCUAUCUCAUCGAUUGGGAUCUAGCAAAGCUAGUUAGCAUUCAGGGUCCCCGACAAAAAAUGCACACGGGAACCUGGCAAUUUAUGUCUGCCUACCUCGUCGAGCAUAGCAAUGCCAUACAUGCUGUUGAGGAUGAUCUUGAGUCCAGCUUCUACAUUAUUCUGUGGAUGGCUCUUAUGUACAAGGAGACUUACAUGGACAUUUUCCGUCGGUCAAAGCUCAUCUCAGCCUGUGGUAGUGAUUUUCAAUGA